GUGCUUAGGGCUGAGACCCACAGCUCUCAGAGCCGCCGACGCGAGCAUGUGCACACUGCUGGGGCUCCCAAUGGCACGGCAGCUACUAGGAAAAUUAUUUUGAAAAGACCUGAAUGUAUGAGGCUAAAGUUAAAGCAGAAGUGAAAACAAAACAGCAAACUGCAGACUCUUUCAGCUGAGACUGAAUAUGUUGAAACCUACAGUUUUUAAAGUGAUGAGGAGGAGAGCUGGGCCUCCAAGGGACUAAAACUCCAUUGCAAGCUUUUGAGCUUUCAGCAGUUACUCAGAACAGACACACUUGUUUUAGCCUCCUAACUUCCAGGCAGAUAAAGAACUGGAGAAAAGCACUGAGCUACUGACCCAGGAGGCUAAGUCAAUUCAGGGGGGACUGGAAGCCCCUCGCUGCAGGAUGAACUCCACCCACCACCCUGGAAUGCGCACCUCUCUCCACUUCUGGAAUUACAGCAGCUAUGGACUGCACAGCAACGCCAGUGAGUCCCUGGGCAAGGGCUACUCUGACGGAGGUUGCUAUGAGCAACUUUUUGUCUCUCCUGAGGUGUUUGUGACCCUGGGUGUCAUAAGCUUAUUGGAGAACAUUCUGGUGAUCGUGGCAAUAGCCAAGAACAAGAAUCUGCAUUCGCCCAUGUACUUUUUCAUCUGUAGCCUCGCUGUGGCUGACAUGUUGGUGAGCGUUUCAAAUGGAUCAGAAACCAUUGUCAUCACCCUACUAAACAGUACAGAUACGGACGCACAGAGCUUCACGGUGAAUAUUGAUAAUGUCAUUGACUCUGUGAUCUGUAGCUCCUUGCUGGCCUCAAUUUGCAGCCUGCUUUCCAUUGCAGUGGACAGGUAUUUUACUAUCUUUUAUGCUCUCCAGUACCAUAACAUUAUGACAGUUAAGCGGGUUGGGAUCAUCAUAAGUUGUAUCUGGGCAGCUUGCACGGUUUCAGGCAUUUUGUUCAUCAUUUACUCAGACAGUAGUGCUGUCAUCAUUUGCCUCAUCACCAUGUUCUUCACCAUGCUGGCUCUCAUGGCUUCUCUCUAUGUCCACAUGUUCCUGAUGGCCAGACUCCACAUUAAACGGAUCGCUGUCCUCCCAGGCACCGGCGCCAUCCGCCAAGGUGCCAACAUGAAGGGGGCGAUCACCUUGACCAUACUGAUUGGAGUCUUUGUUGUCUGCUGGGCCCCAUUCUUCCUCCACCUAAUAUUCUAUAUCUCUUGUCCCCAGAAUCCAUACUGUGUGUGCUUCAUGUCUCAUUUUAACUUGUAUCUCAUCCUGAUCAUGUGUAAUUCCAUCAUUGAUCCUCUAAUUUACGCACUCCGGAGUCAAGAACUGAGGAAAACCUUCAAAGAGAUCAUCUGUUGCUAUCCUCUCGGAGGCCUUUGUGAUUUGUCUAGCAGAUACUAAAUGGGACUA